CCUCUGCGUCCUCGCGAGUGGAAUCGUGUUCCUUUCAGAAGUCAUCAUGGCGCUCACUUCUUCACACCAAGAUCACCCGUUUGGCCAUUUGAUUGACACUUUACCAAGCAAGAAAAAUGAAGUUAGAAAAUAUUUCAAUCUUCAAAAGCUUGGCGAUCCCAAGUAUGAGCAGCUACCGUUCUGUAUCCGAGUGAUGCUUGAGGCUGCCAUCCGGAAGUGUGACGGCUUCUACGUGAAAAAGGAAGACGUGGACAGUAUUCUGAACUGGGAAGAGCGUCAGAAUGAGGCGGAGAUCCCCUUCUCUCCAGCGCGAGUGCUGCUACAGGACUUCACGGGUAUUCCAGCCAUGGUGGACCUGGCAGCCAUGAGAGAUGCUGUAGCUAAGAAUGGCAUCGACCCCAACCUCAUCAACCCCAAAUGUCCCACUGACCUUAUAGUAGAUCACUCACUACAGAUUGACUUCAGCAAGUGUGCCAUCCAGAACGCCCCUAACCCAGGUGGAGGUGAUGGACACGGGCCAGGGCCUCGCUCUGUUUCUGGCCGUCCGGCUCCACGAGGUCAUCACGGCGGCAGCGGCGGCGGCGCUCAGUGUGGAGGUCAGAGAGGAGGCUGCGCCAAGGGCUCAUGCACCGACUUGCCUGCUAGAGCCGCCGCAGUUCAGAUCGAGAACACUCCACUUCUGUGUCCUUUCCACCUCAAGCCUGUCUCCGAGCCAGAGACAGCUCUCAAAAACCAGGAGAUGGAGCUCAUAAGAAAUAAAGAAAGACUUCAGUUCUUCAAGUGGUGUUCGAAAGCAUUUAAGAAUGUGACCGUGGUUCCUCCAGACAUUGGCUCAGUACAUCAGGUUAAUCUGGAGUACCUGUCUCGCGUGGUACAGGAAAGUGAGGGUUUCGUUUACCCUGAUAGUGUAGUCGGCACAGACUCCCACACUACCAUGAUCAACGGCCUUGGCAUACUCGGCUGGGGAGUAGGAGGUAUCGAGUCUGAGGCAGUAAUGCUGGGUCAGCCGGUCUCUUUUACGCUGCCACAGGUUGUUGGAUGUAAGCUAGUAGGAUCCAUCACCACUCUGGCUACAUCUAUAGACAUCGUCCUUGGCAUCACUAAGCAUUUGCGCCAGGCUGGUAUCAGUGGGAAGUUUGUCGAGUUUUUUGGGCCCGGCGUGUCUCAGCUCUCUGCUGCAGACAGAACCACCAUUGCGAACAUGUGUCCUGAAUACAGCGCCACCGUCAGCUUUUUUCCUGUAGACGACAUCACGCUCAAGCACUUUAAACAGACCAACUUUACAGAAGAGAAACUUGAAGUUUUGGAGACUUACCUUAAAUCCGUGAAGCUGUUUCGGAGCGCCGCUGACCAGUCAGAGGAUCCACGUUAUACUGAGGUCAUAGAAAUAAACCUGAGUUCCAUCUUCCCCAACGUGAGUGGACCCAAACGGCCACAAGACCGAGUGCCAGUCACCUGCGUGAAGGAGGAUUUUUGUAACUGCCUCAAUGAAAAGGUCGGUUUUAAAGGGUUCCACGUUCCGAAAGAAAAGCAGAGCGCCGUGGUACCGUUUCUGCACGACGGCACAGAAUACAAACUUGCUCACGGAUCAGUCGUCAUCGCUGCGGUCAUCAGCUGCACCAACAACUGCAACCCUUCGGUCAUGCUCACUGCAGGCCUCUUAGCAAAGAAAUCGGUGGAGGCAGGUCUUUCUGUGAAGCCUUACAUCAGGACCAGCCUCGCUCCAGGAAGUGGCAUGGUUACACACUACCUCAAUGCCAGUGGAGUGCUACCUUACCUCAGUCAGCUUGGGUUUGAGGUGAUUGGUUAUGGAUGUGCCACCUGCGUAGGAAACACAGCGCCUUUACCCGAAUCUGUAGUAGAUGCCAUCAAACAGGGCGAUUUGAUCGCUUGUGGAGUGUUAUCCGGGAACAGGCAUUUUGAAGGCCGUCUCUGUGACUGUGUGCGUGCCAACUACCUAGCCUCGCCCCCGCUGGUGGUGGCAUACGCCAUCGCAGGCACAAUCGGAAUCGAUUUUGAGAAAGAGCCGCUUGGUGUGAACGGUGAAGGUAAGGAGGUGUUCCUGAAGGACGUGUGGCCGUCGAAAGAAGAGGUACAGCAUGUAGAGGAGCACGUGGUCAUCACAUCCAUAUUCACAGAGCUCAGGAGCAGGAUGCAGAAAGGAAGCACUUUUUGGAAUAACCUAGAUGCCCCAGAUGCUGUGUUCUUCCCAUGGGACGGCAAGUCCACUUAUAUUCGUUGCCCUCCAUUCUUCAACAAACUUUCUAAAGAUGUUUGUCCUCCUGGUUCCAUUGAUAAUGCACACGUUCUGCUGUUUCUGGGGGACAAAGUCACCACUGACCACAUCUCUCCUGCCGGCAGCAUUGCACGGGUCAGCGCAGCCGCCAAGUACCUGCAGAGCAAACGCCUGACGCCUCGCGAAUUCAACUCUUACGGCGCACGCAGGGGGAACGACGUCGUCAUGACUCGAGGAACUUUUGCCAGCAUCAAACUCCUAAACCUUCUCAUCGGCAAACCCGGUCCCAAAACCGUACACGUGCCAUCAGGACAGACGCUGGAUGUGUUCGAGGCGGCAGAGCGAUACCAGAGAGAUGGGAUUCCUCUCAUCAUCCUGGCAGGGAAGGAUUACGGCUCGGGUAACUCACGAGACUGGGCAGCCAAAGGACCUUAUCUACUGGGGGUGCGGGCGGUGAUCGCUGAGAGUUUUGAAAAGAUACAUAAGAACCAUCUGGUGGGAAUGGGCAUCGCUCCUCUGCAGUUCCUCCCCGGACAGAGUGCUGAAAGCCUGGGGCUCUGUGGGAAAGAGAAGUUCUCUAUCUCCAUCCCAGAGCAGAUCACACCUCAGCAAGAGCUAACUGUGCUGACCAGCACUGGAAAGAGCUUCACUGUGGUGGCUCUGUUUGAGAACGAGAUGGACGUGGCCUUUUACAGACAUGGAGGCAUAAUGAAAUACGUGGCCCGCAGUAUGCUGAAGUAACAUAUCUCUCUUUGUCUGUCUGUCUGUCUGUCUGUCUCUCUCUCUCUGUGUGUCCAGCCUGCUCUCAGAUAAUUCACACAAUCGGUCUCUGCUCAGGAGCACUGAGAGAGAAAGUUUGAGCUAAGGCUGCUGGUCUCCAGCCGCUUGAGCCAUAGAUUGACUGGUUGUGAAGGGCUGUUGUUGGCCCAGCAACGGCUCUGGACUAUAGUCACUGACUUUUUCAGGCCUUGGACUCUGUUGUGCCUGUUUUCUGCUGUUUCCUCCAUCACUUUUCCUAAUAAGGCAUCUGCAGGAGGACACUUUUUUUUUUCUCUCUCUCUUUCUUGCACUUAACAAUAUCUCUGCUGUUUCGUUCUCUAAAUUCUGCCGUCCAACAGAGAUGCGAAAGAAAUCCAGACUUUACUCAAGUUCUGGUGUCCUCGAAACUCUUUGGGUCGAUUGUGGAUUUCUCCACCUGCCUGGUGAUGCAUGUUCGCAGUGCCUGUUCAGCACAUUGGUGGGGACGGUGUUAAAAAUCAGAGGAACUGGUGCUAGGCUGUCCACACGCAAGUCGGUGCUUCUCAAACAUACUUACUGUUUUUACGUACUGCUUUAGCGCUUGCAGGCCAUAACAUGGACAUUCCUUUUGCAAAAGAUGAUUUUUCGAGUGUACGAAGUCAAAUACAUUGCCUAACCUCAGUAACCCACUUAAAAAAAAAAAAACUUAUGAGGAUAAAAAUGUACUGCAUUAUUUAUUUUUGUUCUGAUCCAGUGUGAACUCAUUUGUUUGUCAGUUUGUUUCUGUUCUGUCACUGAGAGUGUUGGGGCCUGGAUGGAGUAACUGAAAUAAAUAUAAUAUCAUUA